AUGGAGCGCCCGCUCAACCUCAGCUGCCUCGCCGAUACGACGCCGGACAGCGGCAACAGGAGCGGCUCCUCCGGCGGCCCCGAGGGCGGCCAGGCCCAUCUGUCCGUCUUCAGCGUGUUGGUUCUCACUCUGUUGGCCAUGCUGGUGGUGGCCACGUUCCUCUGGAACGGGCUGGUCCUGGCCACCAUCCUCCGCGUGCGCAGCUUCCACCGGGUGCCCCACAACCUGGUGGCCUCCAUGGCCGUCUCUGACGUGAUGGUGGCGGCCCUCGUCAUGCCCCUCAGCUUGGUGCACGAGUUGUCCGGGCGGCGGUGGCGGCUGGGCCGGUCGCUGUGCCAGGUGUGGAUCUCCUUCGAUGUGCUGUGCUGCACUGCCAGCAUCUGGAACGUCACGGCCAUUGCCCUCGACCGCUACUGGUCCAUCACCCGCCACCUGGAGUACACGCUGCACACCCGGCGCCGCAUCUCCAACAUCAUGAUUGCUCUCACCUGGGCGCUCUCCGCCUUCAUCUCUCUGGCCCCGCUGCUCUUUGGCUGGGGAGAGACUUACUCAGAGGACAGUGAAGAGUGCCAAGUCAGCCGGGAGCCUUCCUACACCAUCUUCUCCACCUUUGGGGCUUUCUACCUGCCCCUCUGCGUGGUGCUCUUUGUGUACUGGAAGAUCUACAGGGCUGCCAAGUUUCGGAUCGGAUCUCACAAGAGCAACUCCAUCACCCCCGUGACACCAGAAGCACUGGAGGUGAAAGAAGCUGCCCAGCAGACACAGAUGAUCUUCACUGUCCGUCACGCCACUGUGACGUUCCAGACGGACGGAGACACGUGGAGAGAGCAGAAGGAAAAGAAAGCUGCCCUCAUGGUGGGCAUCCUUAUUGGGGUCUUCGUGCUCUGCUGGAUCCCCUUCUUCAUCACAGAGCUCAUCAACCCACUCUGCUCAUGUGACAUCCCACCCGUUUGGAAGAGCAUUUUUCUAUGGCUGGGCUACUCAAAUUCCUUUUUUAAUCCACUCAUCUACACUGCUUUCAACAAAAACUACAACAACGCCUUCAGGAACCUAUUCUUUAGGCAGUAGUGAGCAGCAAAAGCUUUCCUGCUGCCCCAGGAAGCUGAUUUUAAGUGUCAGUGAUUCUGACCAAAUUCCUGAGGAAGUUCAAAGCCACAGAUACUGAGGUGAUGCCAAAAAUGCAUCACCAUGGGUCGUAUGUCCCAGACCCAGUCCCUAGGCAGGCUCUCCAUCCCAGCCUCUUAGCUGCUGUUUUUCCAGCAAGUAGCAUGUAAGGGCUUCU